AAACGAGGGAAGAACAGCGAGCUGCUGAAACAGGCAAAGUGAAUGAGCUGAGAGGAACAGAGCAGACCGCGGAGAAACACAACAAAGACAAGCGUCCCCAAACCUCCUAGAUGCUGCCAUGGCUGAAGGAAGCUGCUUUGGUUCAUUAUAACUGGACACAGGAGAACGAGAUCUGUGAAACAGAGUAAACAAAAGGACAGAUCGAUCUCUGGAUACACUCCCCGGGCCUAUUCACACAGCAGAGCACGUUCUUAGAGACUCUUCGUAGACCUGCUCACAGAGCAGAGCACGUUCUUAGAGACUCUUUGUGGACUGUUUGCACCAUGUGUCAUGUGAUCGUGACGUGCCGCUCGCUGCUAUGGACCCUGCUCAGCAUCAUCGUGGCCUUCGCAGAGUUGGUGGCCUUUAUGAGUCCUGAUUGGUUGCUGGGUUUCCCUCGCUCUGACGCCAGUGUAAACAGUGAGGGGGUGGACUCCAGUCAGUACAGGCCAUCUUUGGGGCUCUACAGUCGCUGUCUUCACAUUGGCACACAGGGAGUAGGGGUCAUCUGUGGACCCUACGCAGCCACAUUCGGAGAGGUGGCCAGCGGCUUCUGGCAGGCCGCCAUGUUGUUCCUUUCAGCUGGGACCUUAGUGCUGGGCUGUGUGGCCUGUAUCUCCAUCUUCAGCUUGUGCUUCCAGAGCAUCCUGAAGAAGAGCAUCUUCAACAUCUGUGGUCUCCUGCAGGCCAUUGGAGGGCUGCUCCUGAUGGUGGGUCUGAUGCUGUACCCUGCUGGAUGGGGGUCCGACAAAGUGAAGAGCUACUGUGGUCCAGAGGCACUGCCCUUCAGACCUGCGGCCUGCUCCCUGGGCUGGGCUUUCUACGCAGCCAUCGGAGGAACACUGGCCACUUUCCUGUGUGCGGUUCUGUCAGCACAAGCAGAGAUCGCUACAUCUAGUGAUAAAGUACAAGAGGAGAUAGAGGAGGGGAAGAGUCUCAUAUGCCUGCUUUGAGCCUUAAGUUUGUAUUUAUAGAGAGGUAGGGUAGUGUGUUGAAAGAUGAAAUUAUAACACCGUCUUUGCUUAGUUGAGAGGCUUGUCUUGGCAACUCUGGCAACAGCUCUCUAUGAACUAACAUUACAAUAAUUAGUCAUUAUUUUACCUGUUAUGCAGUUUAUACAAUUGUGUACAAACUUGGUACCUGCUACUCUUUAGGGCAUUUUCCACAAACAAAAAAAAAAAAAAAAUCAGUUAUAAGACUUUCAUUGGACUUUACUCAACAAUUUGUUGUUGAGUAAAGUCAGUACAGUUGUUUUGUCUUCUAAGCAGCUACACUUAAUUCACUACAAAAAAACCUUUCUAAUGGGGAUUGCACUUGGUCUCUGUAAAUAAUGUGUCACAUUUGUAUUGCUUUUUUAGAAAACUGUACAUAUUAUACUUAUGGUGCAAUUAUUCUGUCCGUGUUUAGUUGUGAGACUGUGAAGAUAAAUGAAAGUAUGUCAGAAAACACAUUUUAGAGAUGCACCAAUCAGCUGUUGUGUAAAAAUGACAAUAGAAAGUGUGUGAAUAACUUAAAUGUCCAAAUGCAGAACAAGUUUUGAUUUUUGAACAUGUUUUUCCUGUGUUUUUAUCUUAAAUUACAAACUAAAGA